GUGUGGUUAGGUCCAUAAAUUUUUGACUACUCACACUUCACUCGUGUUUACUCACCACUUAACUAUAACAGCUUCACGGAUAAGUCUCCAGCGACCAGGCUCCCAAAACUUUUAACCAACUCGUGUUACAAGGACCUUUUUUAUUAUCAAAUUAAACAAUUUACCAAAGAGCCUUAAAAUCUAUGUCAACCUUGAAAACGGGUUUUACAGAGUGUGCCGGUGUUUAAAUAUUGUUAGAUGAAGUGAUUCUAAAUAUUAGAAUUUAAUCUGUUUUUAUGAUCAGCGGUGUAAUUGCUUUGGCAUGUUUGGGUGGCAGUUAAUAAGAGAAAUAUGACGUGUUCUGGAGAUCAAUGGAACUGAAUAUUUUAUACACCAUCUCAGGUGUACAUAAAUAUCCCUCGCCUCUCGACGAUUUAGCCUGAAUAACAAAUUGUGUUUGCUCAAUUUGGAUUUUUGAGAGAUAAAUAGUUGCACGAAAUGAGAAACUUAUUAUAUGGAUCGAUAUCGCUGGCAGAUAAGUAUUAAUAAGUUUUUAUCGAUACUCAAUCAGGCCAUCUAAAUAAAUUGUUAAUAAAUACUUAACGUGCAGGAAUUCGUCUCCACGAUUUAAAUUACCAUAUUUCUCCCUCGUUUUAAUUUCGUUAAUGUUAUCGUCUAAAUACAGGCAAUGCAAACAGAAACUGAUUAGAAAGCGCAAGAGAAAUAAAUUAUAAAGACUGGUCACCCAGAAUAACUCCGACUUGUUCAAAUAAAAUUUGAAUUAAGCGUACCCAUUCACUGAGUGGGUAUAUGUAUUAGGUUUCUGAUAAUCAAUAAGGAUAGAAUAUUGAGUGGAUUACUGCAAUACGAGGGCUAAUCCGGAUCACUAUGGGUUUGAAAUGUUUAAAUAAUAUACUUACAUGUAUGUAAUCCGGGAGUGUACAAUUAGAAGCAGUGCCAGGCAGGUGUCACUAUAGCGUAUAUAGAUUUCAACGAAACAAACAGAAACAAGGCAAAUUUAGCGUGAGGAUGAUAUUCUUGUGUUGAUAAAUAAGACGCUCAUGAGGAAUAUUUUAUCUUUUGUGAAAUUUUAACUGAACAGGUUUAAAUUUUAAAAAUUCAGAAUGAAUGUCGGUAAAACUCGGCGUGCUUACCAUAGUAAUCUGAACCUUCCAAAAGCAUUCACACAAUAUGACCUGAUGCAAUCGGGAAAAAGUAUGUCCAUGGAAGGAUUAAAUAGAAAUCAUACCACGCUUAUAGACUCCAGUCGGCGGAAAAAGAUGUCUAAGAUACAGAAAACAGAGAGCAAAGAAACAUUGCCUCUGUGUUUACCGAGGCUGGAACCCGAGGUCGAUCUAGACCUUGAUGUCGAGGCACGAGACGUUAGUGCCACAACAAGACUAGCAUCUCAAAUGGAUUCAAACCCCAGAGGAACGACGGAACCGGAAGUCCGGACGGAACACGAGAGCGACAGUGAUGAGUCGGACUACCUUAACGACUACAGAGAUGACACGGAAACAGCUCAUAAGAAGCUGGAACAAAUCGGCGUCUUUGAGAUGGAACAUAACUGGUUAUUACACGAGGGAUUCGAACGUGAAAAAGAAUUGUUUGUUACUAAAAGCAGAAAAAUUAAUAUUGCUCUUCCAGAUGAGAACCCAAUUACAACCGUCAAUAGCAGGAUUGAGGAGGUGAACUCGAUGGUAAAACCCAAGGCUGACAUCGGCAUGCUGCUAAAAAACAUGAACCCCGAGCAACAAGAGAAAAUCCGGAUUAUUGCUGAAACCGAUGUUGGAGACAUCAGAAAGAGAUUUAGGAAAAGUUGGAAGAAUGAAGACAAACUUCACCACGCCUUGCUGAUGAUUCAGAUAAUGAACAAAGCCCAUCUUCCGAGGCGGAAAUAUUUCAAAGAAGAGAAGCCAGUUGCAGGAAUGGCACUGAGGCGCCUUAAAGCUCAGGACCAGUCGGAGCAGGUGGAGGCGCCCCAGCGAUCCUCGCUGGCUUUUGAUAUGGAGUUAGCUCUGGUCACUCAUCCAGCCUACAGGACGGAAGAGGACCUGGCAAAGGUCAUGUGGGUGCUACGGGCUACCAAAGCUUUCAAUCAUUUGUUUCCGGUAGAAAAAGAGAAAGAUCUGGCGAGGGUGGUUGGAUAUGAGAAGUACGACUCCAACAGAAUCAUGGCGUACCAAGGAAAGAAGCCAGAGAGAUUUUACUAUAUUCUGACGGGAAAAGUACGGAAAGUGAGAGAGUACAGUUUAUCCGAAGGAAAGGUCACUCGAACGGAAGGGCUGAUCAACAAAGGAACGACAACUGAUUUAGAGGAGCUGGAGGAGCAGUGGUCACGUGAACACCACCUGGUGACGCAGGGCAAUGUAGAGGUCCUCAUUCUCCACAGAUCAGAUUUGAUGAGAUUGCAAAACAAACUGGAAGGACCUCCUAUUGAAUACCUUAGGACAUUGCAAUUGUUCUAUGAAUUUCCGGUGGAAGUGUUUUUAACAAAUACGGACGCAAUCGAACUUAAAUACUAUGGUCAAGAUGCAGUUAUUUCCCAUGAUACCAAUAGGACGCCCUGGAUACAUGUUGUCAAAUCGGGUCGUGUUCGAGUUGUGCGCAUGCAAACUGUCAUUGAUGUUCAAAAUGAAAGUAAAUUUGCCAAUCAGAAAACAGAAGAGCUGGGAUUGGGACGUACAUUUAGUCACGCUGAUGCAAUGUUGGGGUCCCUGUUUUCACAACGUAAGGCAAAAGCCGAGCGGGGAGCGGAUCAGAUUUCUUUCCCAGAGAUGCCAGAUUUCUUAAGAAGCCCGCUCGGACACACCCUCGGGGUUGACCUUAAAUCUCUGUCCAAAUUUAGUGCCAGGUCAACCCAGUUUUCUGAGGGAAUCGGUCUUCUGUCUAACUUAACAAAACGUCACAAAACGUCCGCUCAGACCGAUAAUAAAGCAGACAACAAGAGUGAAAGCUCGAAAGACAAAGACUCCGUCAAAGACAGCAAAGAAACCAAAACAGAGACCGUACAGCCUGUACCCGAAGGCCCCAGCAAAGCCAAGAGUAUCAAAAGGAAGGCAAAGCUGAUCAAAACGCCUAUCAUAGCUGAGCCUAAGACAGAUGAUCCUAAGAGCGGGAGGGGAUCUAGAGCCGACAUUGCACCUGAGCAUUACGUCAUAGAAGAGGAAACUCCGAGAGAAACGACCUGCGUUUCCGAUAGGUCGUCUUCUAAUGGAACUGUAUCGUUCCCGCCAAUUAACGCUCUGCCGUCUGCCAGAUCCUAUGGAGAGAAAUCUGCAACAAGUGAAUUUCGACCACAUGGGACGUUCCUUACACGAGAGAAGACUGAAGCUGAAUCUGCUGUUUCUGCCAAAAUCAGAAGAAAAAAGUGGAAGGAGCAUACGCCCUGUCUACCUAAAUUACGGUCCACGAAAUUACAGCUUGACAUCCUGACUGCUGGCGACAUCUUUUUGCAGCAGUUAGACAGCACCAAUAACGGACCAAAGGGUCUGGAUGCCGUGGCCCGUAAAUUCAGCAGUUUGUACCGUGACCCCUUUGGUGAGGGUUUGGAACAUUUAGAUCCGCCUAUCGCCUCGGAACCGAAAGGAGUCAGCCUGAUAAGCGAUGGUGCUGAAAUCAUCCGUAUUAGUAAACGGUUUUUCCUACAGCACGCACAGAACAACACGAUGUUACGAGUCGAGACUAUGCAACGUGAUUACAUGUCCGUUGAAGAAGCCAGUAAAAUCAUAUACACUAACGAGACUUGGAACCAGUAUAAAGACAUCCUAAUGAGGAGGAAGGUGGAGUCGUUAUUACGGAGGGACUAGACGCCAUCUCACGGGGAGGGAUCGAUCCUCAUAGCGGGAGGGGGUGAGGAUCAGAGGGCCGCGACCUCAAUAUUCUGUGAUACUGACUGUGCAAUACAGUUCCAACAUGGACACUGUUACAAAUCCGUCCAAUGGUGCUUUGUGCUGCCGACACGUGACUGAACGUGUUAAAUCAUACGACACGUGACCGAACCUGUCGAAUCAUAGUGCUAGUCAUACUACUCACGUGUACAUUAACCAACACAGUGCAGCUAUAUAGCGCAUCUGUUAUAUUAAUAAGACGUAACAUGUCCCUGAUAUAAAGUUGAUUUAUUUUCUGUGAUUAGAGUUUACAACGAAACAUAUUUUUUUAGGAAAACUUACAAAAAGACAGUUCCGAAUGCAUUAAAUGUUGUUAUCAGUAUUAUUCACCCAUUGUCUGUACAUUCCUACAAUAUCAUUUGAAAUU